AAGCCAUUUUCAGAGAGACUCCAAAAUUCACCAAAGCUAACUGAAGAAGAAGAAGAAGCCUUUAACUUUGCUCCACCGGAAAAUACGCAUUCCGACGGAAACAAUGUUGAGCCACUCAACCACCGGUCUCCACGGCCGCUCACUAUUCACAUUUCCAUGCCUUAAACCACGACGGCUCAAUCACUCCGGCGGGGAUAACGCCUCCGUGAAGUGUGCCGCUAGCAAAUGGGCCGAGCGACUACUCGGAGAUUUUCAAUUCCUCUCCGAUUCCUCCUCUGACUACUCCCAUUCUCUCUCUUCCUCCAGUGUUAUUCUCUCCCCUUCUUUCCCUCCCCCAAUUGCCUCCCCUGAGCGCCAAGUUACAAUCCCCAUAGAUUUCUAUCGAGUUCUUGGAGCGGAGACGCAUUUUCUUGGGGAUGGGAUUCGGAGAGCUUAUGAAGCUAGAGUUUCGAAGCCGCCGCAGUAUGGGUUUAGCCAGGAGACUCUCAUAAGUCGCCGGCAAAUUCUUCAGGCAGCUUGCGAAACCUUGGCGGACCAUACUUCGCGAAGAGAGUACAAUCAAGGCCUUUCGGAUGAUGAAGAUGGUACCAUUCUCACGCAAGUCCCUUUCGAUAAGGUUCCUGGUGCUUUAUGUGUGUUGCAAGAAGCUGGAGAGACAGCAUUGGUUCUUGAAAUUGGAGAGAGCUUGCUCAGAGAUAGGUUGCCAAAAUCAUUCAAGCAAGAUAUUGUCCUGGCCCUGGCUCUUGCUUAUGUUGACAUAUCAAGGGAUGCUAUGGCAUUAUCUCCACCUGAUUUUAUUCAGGGUUGCGAAGUGCUCGAGAGGGCCUUGAAGUUGUUGCAGGAGGAGGGUGCCAGUAGCCUUGCACCAGAUUUGCUUGCACAAAUUGAUGAGACAUUGGAAGAGAUCACACCUCGAUGUGUUCUGGAACUUUUAGCUUUACCUCUUGGUGACGAGUGGCGAACAAGAAGGGAAGAGGGUCUUCAUGGAGUGCGGAAUAUUCUGUGGGCUGUUGGAGGAGGGGGAGCAACAGCUAUUGCUGGUGGAUUCACCCGUGAAGAUUUUAUGAAUGAGGCAUUUGAACGAAUGACAGCAUCUGAGCAGGUUGAUCUCUUUGUAGCCACACCGACAAAUAUUCCUGCAGAAAGUUUUGAAGUUUAUGGAGUGGCACUUGCACUUGUGGCACAGGCCUUUGUCGGCAAAAAACCACACCUUAUCCAAGAUGCUGACAACCUCUUCCAACAACUUCAGCAAACUAAGGAAGCUGUUGUUGGGACUGCUGUCACAGCAUAUGCACCUCGCGAGGUUGAUUUUGCUCUCGAGAGGGGGCUAUGUUCCCUACUCGGUGGAGAACUUGAUGAGUGUCAAUCAUGGUUGGGCUUAGAUAGUGAGAGUUCACCUUACAGAAAUCCAGCUAUUGUAGAUUUCAUCCUUGAAAAUUCGAAGGGUGAUGAUGAAAAUGAUCUUCCGGGGCUAUGUAAGCUGUUGGAGACAUGGUUGGCUGAAGUUGUGUUCUCCAGAUUUAGAGACACUAAAAAUAUUUAUUUUAAACUGGGAGAUUACUAUGAUGAUCCUACUGUUCUGAGGUACUUAGAGAAACUGGAAGGAGUUAACGGAUCACCCCUAGCUGCAGCAGCAGCUAUAGUGAAGAUUGGUGCUGAGGCUACUGCCGUUCUAGAUCAUGUGAAGUCCAGUGCAAUUCAGGCACUGCGGAAGGUGUUUCCCCUCACUCAGAACAGUUAUAGGCGUGAGGCAGAAGCGGAAAUGGAAGUUUCUCCUGCUGUAAAUAGUCAGGUGCCUAUAGUGAACUUUGAUGAGAGUGAACGUACUAACUUUUCUGAGGUUUCUGAGAGAGUUAGAGCUGGUGAAAUAAAUGAUGAAAAACCAAUUACCGAUCAAAUUAAAGAUGCAAGUGUGAAGAUCAUGUGUGCUGGUUUGGCAGUUGGGUUCUUGACUUUGGCUGGUUUGAGAUUUGUACCUGCUAGAAAUAACACAACUCCUCUACUUAAAGAAGCUGGUUCCUCAAUGGCAUCCACUACCAGUGUGGCAUCCGAAGUCGAAAAAUCCAGCAAGGAGCCAUCCAGAAUGGAUGCACGAAUUGCAGAAGGUCUAGUUCGCAAAUGGCAGAGCAUUAAGUCUCUGGCUUUUGGACCUGAACAUUCCCUUGCCAAACUAUCAGAGAUUUUAGAUGGUGAGAUGUUAAAGAUCUGGAUGGAUCGUGCAAUCGAAAUUUCAGAACUCGGUUGGUUCUAUGAUUACACUCUCUCAAAUCUGACCAUUGACAGUGUAACAGUAUCCUUAGAUGGUCGGCGUGCCAUGGUGGAAGCAACACUUGAAGAAUCAGCUCGUCUCAUUGAUGUGGAACAUCCAGAACACAACGAUUCAAACAGAAAAACCUAUACGACGAGAUACGAGAUGUCAUAUUCCAGUUCUGGAUGGAAAAUUACCAAAGGUGCCGUUCUUGAAUCAUAAUUGGAUAGUUGUAAUAUAUCAUUAGCCUGUAAAUGCAUUUCUUCUGGAUUGCUAUUUACCAUAGCUUUUUAGUGUCUGUGAAGAGGAAGAGAGAUGUGAAGAGAUACUUUGUCGAGACUCAUGGAAUUUGUUGUGUUAAUAAUUCAUUUUUAACUGUUUUUUAGCAGUUCAAUUUUAGAUACUGUUUCGUA